CGCGGCAGUCACGUCCUUUUCGGGCGGGAGUGAGCAGGCCCUGCGCCGCCACCAUGCACGACGCCUUUGAGCCGGUGCCGAUCCUGGAGAAACUGCCGCUGCAGAUCGACUGUCUGGCUGCAUGGGAGGAAUGGCUCCUCGUCGGGACUAAACAAGGACAUCUUCUUCUAUACAGAAUUCAAAAGGAAACUGGUUGCAACAGGUUUGAAGUGACACUAGAGAAAUCACACAAGAACUUCUCCAAGAAGAUUCAGCAGAUCCAUGUUGUACCCCAAUUCAAAAUUUUGGUCAGUUUGUUAGAAAACAGCAUCCAUGUUCAUGACCUGCUGACAUUUCAACAGAUCACAACGGUUUCCAAGGCAAAGGGUGCAACUCUCUUCACGUGUGACCUGCAGCAUUCUGAUAAAGGGGAAGAAGUCCUGAGGAUGUGUGUGGCAGUGAGAAAGAAGCUACAGCUGUAUUACUGGAAGGACAGAGAGUUCCAUGAAUUGCAGGGAGAAUACAGUGUGCCAGAUGUACCAAAGUCAAUGGCAUGGUGUAAAGAUUCAAUCUGUGUGGGUUUCAAGAGGGACUAUUAUCUAAUAAGGGUGGAUGGGAAAGGGUCUAUCAAAGAACUGUUCCCUACAGGAAAGCAGCUGGAGCCACUGGUAGCCCCUUUAGCAGAUGACAAAGUUGCUGUAGGCCAAGAUGAUCUAACUGUUGUGUUAAAUGAAGAAGGGACCUGUACACAGAAAUGUGCCUUGAACUGGACUGAUAUCCCAAUAGCCAUGGAGCACCAGCCUCCGUACAUUGUGGCAGUACUGCCUAGAUAUGUAGAGAUUCGUACUUUUGAGCCCCGUCUCCUGGUGCAGAGUAUUGAGCUACAGAGGCCACGCUUCAUUACUUCUGGAGGUACAAAUAUUGUGUAUGUGGCCAGCAAUCAUUUUGUUUGGCGUCUCAUUCCGGUUUCCAUUGCAAUCCAGAUCCAGCAGCUUCUCCAAGAUAAACAAUUUGAAUUGGCUCUGCAAUUGGCAGAUAUGAAAGAUGACUCUGACAGUGAAAAGCGGCAACAGAUCCAUCAUAUAAAGAAUCUCUAUGCCUUCAACCUUUUCUGCCAAAAGCGCUUUGAUGACUCCAUGCAAGUCUUUGCCAAGCUUGGGACAGAUCCCACCCAUGUGAUGGGUCUCUAUCCUGAACUGUUGCCCAGUGAUUACAAGAAGCAGCUCCAAUAUCCCAACCCAGUGCCAGUUCUCUCUCCAGCAGAGCUAGAGAAAGCACACCUGGCACUUAUAGACUACUUAACUCAGAAAAGAAGUCAGUUAGUGAAGAAGCUGAACGACUCAGACCAUCAGUCCAGCACUUCUCCCCUUGUGGAGGGAACUCCCACCAUCAAAUCCAAAAAGAAGUUGCUGCAGAUCAUUGAUACCACCCUGUUGAAAUGCUACCUCCAUACCAAUGUAGCCCUAGUGGCACCACUGUUGCGACUGGAGAACAACCACUGUCACAUUGAGGAAAGUGAACAUGUGCUCAAGAAAGCUCACAAAUACAGUGAGUUGAUCAUACUGUAUGAGAAGAAAGGUCUCCAUGAAAAGGCUUUGCAGGUGCUAGUGGAUCAGUCAAAGAAAGCUAACUCACCUUUGAAGGGCCAUGAGAGGACGGUGCAGUAUUUACAACAUUUGGGCACUGAGAACUUGAAUUUAAUAUUUUCCUAUUCUGUUUGGGUGCUUAGAGACUUCCCUGAAGAUGGACUGAAAAUAUUUACAGAAGAUCUUCCUGAGGUGGAAUCCCUCCCACGAAAAAGAGUUCUCAACUUCUUGAUAGAGAACUUUAAAAACUUGGCUAUUCCCUACUUGGAACAUAUAAUCCACAUCUGGGAAGAGGCUGGUUCAGAGUUCCACAACUGCUUGAUUCAGCUCUACUGUGAGAAAGUACAAGCCUUAAUGAAGGAAUAUCUCAGCUCUUUUCCUCCAGAUAAAACACCAGUGCCAGCUGGAGAGGAGGAAGGGGAACUCGGAGAGUACCGACACAAACUCCUUUUCUUUCUUGAGACUUCCAGUUGCUACAUUGCUGAACAGCUCAUCAGUGACUUUCCCUUCGAUGGCCUCCUAGAAGAACGUGCUCUGCUGUUGGGACGGAUGGGGAAUCAUGAACAAGCACUUUUUAUAUAUGUUCAUAUCCUGAAGGAUACCAAAAUGGCUGAAAAUUAUUGUCACAAACACUAUGACAGAAGCAAAGACGGCAACAAAGAUGUAUACCUAUCUCUGCUCCGGAUGUAUCUCUCGCCACCAAGUGUUCAUUGCUUAGGACCAAUCAAGAUGGAAUUAUUGGAGCCUCAAGCCAAUCUCCAGGCUGCUUUACAGGUUUUGGAACUUCAUCACAGCAAACUAGACACUACCAAAGCAAUAAACCUCCUCCCAGCAAAUACUCAAAUUGGUGAGAUCCGAAUCUUCCUAGAAAAAGUCCUUGAAGAAAAUGCCCAGAAAAAGCGAUUCAAUCAAGUUCUUAAAAACCUUCUCCAUGCGGAGUACCUAAGAGUACAGGAGGAACGUAUUUUACAUCAGCAAGUGAAAUGUAUAAUCACAGAGGAAAAGCUUUGCAGUGUGUGUAAAAAGAAAAUUGGAAAUAGUGCCUUUGCCCGCUAUCCCAAUGCAAUGGUUGUGCAUUAUUUCUGUUCCAAAGAAGUCGGAGCAGGAGAUACUUGAAAGCAUUGUUAUGUGUAAUAUGGACUAUGAUAGCCAUGAUGCUCACAUGGAAGGAAAAAGAAGAGUAUUAGACAUGGAAUUGACAUCUCUAAGGAAUCUUCUGAGGCAUAUUGCUUGCAAACAACUUGAGCCGCUCCCAUUGCUUUACCGGACGUAACCUGCCAAUAUUGGCUAUGUAGGAAAACAGACAUCUAACUAUUCUUUGAUAUACUCGGCAGCAGAUUAACCUCAUAGCACUUCUGCAUGAGGAAGAAUGAAAGCUAAAUAGCAACAAGUUACUAAUGCACUCCAGAUUUUGCAACAAUUUGUGUUUCAAGGAAGACCAACUCAUGUUAAAAAUGAUAUUAAGAAGGCAAAAAUAGAUUUUGUGGGAUUCUACAUUUUGAACUUAGAUCAGAAAAAUUCUUAUCAUAAUUUAAUUAGCAUUGCAUUGAGAUCUACUUUAAUUAGGCAUUUGGAGGCAGGUGCUUCCAGCAAGUCUGUACCUAUAUUUUCUUUUCACCUAUUAUUGGGAAUAUUCAGUAGAAAACGUUAUCAUUUUUCCUGUAGUGGUUAACACCACUAAUAUAAGAAAGUUCCAAGGGAAUUAAUCUCAUAUAAUAUGAUCAGAACUGGCGAACAUGCAUUUUUUAGUUUUGUUUUUGAGAGGCAUGUAAAUAUGAGUGGGUGUACUAUUUGCACUGUGUACAGAUAUUUCCAUUAUAAAUGGAAUGAAAAGUGACGUGGUUUUCUGAAGAUGGGGGAGGGGGGAACUAGCACCUGCACUUGUAUCAACAAGUUAAAAGAGCAAAUCUCUUAAACUUUAAGACUUAGGGCACAAUCCUAUGCAUGUUUAGACAUAAAAAAGUCCUACAAGUCCCAGCAUACUCCAGCCAGCUAUGCUUGCUGGGGGAUGCUGGAAGCUGUAGGACCAUUUUCUGCCUAAACAUGCACAGGAUUGCACCCUUAAAAAAUCUCACUUAUAAUGACGGUAUGUUUUCUAUAUUGCUUGAAUAUCGGUCUACACUUUUGGAGACACCAUUGCAUUGAAAUGCAAUUAAGUCUUUAUGCACUCUCUGGCUUUGAGGAAAGCAGACACUUAUUUUGAUGUCAGUAUUUUGAGUUCACCCUGCUACUCUAUUGUAGCUUUGUGUACCCAGAUCACAUUUUAAUGCAGGAAAAUGGGUUGCAAUAAUAUCCUUGCAGGCUAUAAUAUUUUUGUCCAAUAUAUUGUUCUGCAAAGUCUUUAUCUAUUGCAAAUGUAAUGAAGAUCUAUUUGAGUGUUCACAUGGAAGUAAAAA